UUGUUCUCCGUCACCUUUCAGUUGGAUCUCAACAGCUAGUCCCAAAACAUUCACAACCUAAAUUUCUUAAAAUUUGUUUAGAUUGUUAAACUUUUAACAUGUCCUUUUAUAAUUUUAUUCCGUCGAAUAAAAGGCUGCAGAGCCUGGAGGACCAGGAGCGUGAAUAUUUCCAGACCUACUCUCGCUUGGAGAUCCACAUGGAAAUGCUGAGGGAUUCGGUGCGCACCCAGGCCUAUCACCAGGCCAUCCUCCAGAAUCGUGAGCUCUUCCAGGACAAGAUCGUCCUGGAUGUGGGCUGUGGCACGGGUAUACUCUCCCUCUUCGCUGCCGAGGCAGGGGCCAGCAAGGUUAUAGCGAUCGAACGCACGGAUAUAGCGGAUGUGGCCAAGGAGAUUGUGAGGGAUAACCAGAAGGAGGACGUGGUAAAGGUUGUCCAAGGAAUGGUGGAGAACGUGGAACUGCCCGAGGGCAUUCGGCAGGUGGAUAUCAUAGUCUCCGAGUGGAUGGGCAACGCCCUCUAUAUGGAGGCCAUGCUGAACUCCGUGCUAUUUGCCCGGGACAAAUGGCUUACCCGUGGCGGCCUAAUCCUGCCCAGCGUGGGUAACCUCUGGUUAAUCGGGGCCCAGGAUCCGCACAGAUUGGCCACUCUCAACUUCUGGCACAAUGUCGAGGGCAUCGACAUGAGCUGCGUGAGGAAGCAGUUCUCCCAAGAGCCCCUCGUGGAUUGCGUGCCCAUCCAGCAGUUGCUCACCGAUGAGUGUCUCAUCCACUCCACCAACCUGGUACUCGAUCGCAAUCAACCCGUGGUCUUUCGCUCGAAUUUCCUGCUAAACGUGCAGCGUGCUGGGGUCAUCAAUAUGUUGGUUAUGUACUUCGAUGUGGGCUUUCCGGUGGGGAAGGCGGGAAUGCCCGUGGUCCUGUCCACCUCGCCACGUGCUCCGGUGACCCACUGGGAGCAGACCCUCUUCCACCUGGACGAACCGCUCUUCGUGAAGCCCAACGAUCGGGUGCGCGGAGUUCUGGCCAUGAUGCCCAGUAGCCUGGACGGGCGCUCCAUGAACUUUGACCUCAACAUUAGCUUCCGAGGCGAUCGAACGCGGGUGGAGAGCUUCAAGAGCUUCAGCUCAACGGGAAUGAUGGGUGAUAAACUGGGAUUGUAAAAAGAGAACUCUUGACCGAGUUGAUAACUGUCAUAAAAUGGGUCGUUAAUCGAGGGCCUUCAA